AGCUAAAUAACAUCGUCACUGAUCAAUGCUUCUGGCUGAAAAUAGCCUAAGUGUUUAUUGUUUAGAGUCAUUUUAUUAUUAUUUUUUCACAUGGAGUCCAACGAUGACAUUUGCAGUGGAGAAAGAAGAUGCCGUUGUUUUUGGCGAGGGGCGGCCUGCCUCUUUGUCUUUUUGUGUUUUUUCCUAAACGGAACAGAGGCACAAAUCCGCUAUUCGAUCCCAGAGGAGAUGAAAAAAGGCUCACUUGUCGGAAAUGUGGCCCAAGAUCUCGGUUUGGAUCUAAAAAGACUCCGUUCUGGGCGUGCCCGCAUCGUGACGGGGGAGAACGUCCAGUACACGGAGCUGAGGACGGACAAAGGGCUUCUGGUCGUCCAUGAGAGGAUAGAUCGAGAGCAGCUUUGUGGAGACGUGACGCCGUGCAGCUUCACCUUUGAGAUUUUACUGGAAAACCCCAUGGAAUUACACCCUGUGACCAUCGAAGUGUUGGACGUCAAUGACAACGCCCCCGCCUUUAAAAAUAAUCAUUUGCAAUUUGAAAUAAGCGAGUCUGCUGCUCUUGGCUCCCGUUUUGUUCUGGAAAGUGCACAUGAUGCUGAUGUGGGUGCAAACGGUCUGCAGAGCUACAUUUUAACUCCGAGUGAUCAUUUUGUUUUAAAGGAACACGUCAGUGGAGGCAGUAAAUAUGCAGAAAUGGUGCUGCAGAAAGGAUUAGACAGAGAAGAACAACCCCGACUUUCUUUAAAAUUAGUGGCUGUGGAUGGUGGAAAUCCACAGAGAUCAGGUACAGUAAAUAUAAAUAUUAACAUAAUAGAUGCAAAUGAUAAUGUUCCUGUUUUUGACCAAACGACUUAUAAAGUUAAAGUGGUUGAAAAUGCAGUAAAAGGCACUCACGUUCUAACUGUGAAUGCAACUGACGCAGAUAGUGGAUCAAAUGCAAAAGUUACAUACUCUUUUUCAAAAUCAAAUGCAGAAAUAGAAGAUACAUUUCAUAUAAAUGAGGAAACAGGAUGUAUAACUGUAGCAAAACAAAUAGAUUAUGAAAAAGAAAAAACAAUACAGUUCAUGGUUGAAGCUAAAGAUCAAGGAGGACUGACUGAGUCUGCUAAAGUGGAAAUAGAAGUAAUAGAUUUAAAUGAUAAUGUUCCAGUCAUAAAUGUGAUGUCCUUCACUAGUCCUGUGUCAGAAGACUCCCCAGCUGGUACCACUAUUGGUAUCAUUAAUGUUAAAGACCUAGAUUCUGGAGAAAAUGGCCACGUCAGGUGUGCCAUUGAGGGUCGUGUUCCAUUUAGAAUUAAAUCCAAUGUGAGAAAUUAUUUUGCAUUACUUACUGAUGCUAACUUAGAUCGUGAAAGUGUGCCAGAAUUUAACAUCACUGUUGUUGCAUCAGAUUCUGGCUCACCUGCUCUGUCUAGUAAAAUGACUUUUAAUUUGAAGGUUUCAGACGUGAAUGACAAUGCUCCUGUGUUCCCGGUCAGCUUAUAUACUGCAAAUAUUGCAGAAAAUAACCAUCCAGGUGUUUCUGUGCUAAAAGUUAGUGCUAAAGACCCUGAUGAAAACCAGAACGCUCGUGUUUCUUACAUGUUGGAGGAGCGUGAAAUCGGAGGAACUCCAGUUACUGAAUUUGUGUCCGUUAAUGCAGAAAGUGGAGUCAUUAGUGCAGUUCGCUCAUACGACUAUGAACAAAUUAAAGAACUGGUGUUUAUUGUCAGAGCUCAGGAUGGAGGUUCUCCUCCUCUCAGCAGCAAUGUGAGUGUUCGCAUGAUAAUCCAGGACCAGAACGACAACGCCCCCCAGGUCCUGUACCCGGUCCAGACGGGCGGCUCGGUGCUGGCUGAAAUGGUGCCUCGUUCAGCAGAUGUGGGCUACCUGGUGACUAAAGUGGUGGCUGUUGAUGUGGACUCUGGACAGAACGCCUGGCUCUCCUAUAAAGUGCACAAAGCCACAGACAGGGCGCUGUUUGAAGUGGGCCUACACAAUGGAGAAAUAAGAACUGUCCGCCAAGUCACUGAUAAAGAUGCUGUCAAACAAAGACUGAGUGUUCUAGUGGAGGACAACGGGCAGCCCUCUCGUUCAGCUACAGUCAUUGUUAACGUGGCGGUGGCGGACAGCUUCCCUGAAGUGCUGUCAGAGUUCACUGACUUUAGCAUGCACGACAAGGAGUACAAUGACAAGCUGACUUUUUACUUAGUCUUGGCUUUGGCUGUAGUCUCCUUCCUCUUCAUCACCUGCUUGCUGCUCAUCAUAUCAGUCAAAGUGUACAGGUGGAGACAGUCUCGCGUCCUGUACCACUCCAACCUCCCUGUCAUUCCAUAUUAUCCACCACGUUACUCAGACACUUUGGGGACAGGGACUCUCCAACACGUGUACAAUUACGAGGUGUGCAGGACCACCGACUCCAGGAAAGGUGACAUGAAGAAUAUGCAAGCCAUGAGUCAAAGUUUAGUGAGUGUGGAUGGAGCUGAUGCUGAUACACCACAUGUGUCCAAGCACAUGUCAGGAAACUUUUCACAGUUGUCAACUUUGUGUCAACGUCACUUCUGUAAUUUAAUCUCAAAUUGUUUGGCACUAAUAUUUACACACAGCCGAUGGCGCGCACUGUUUGUCAUUCUUUGUCUCUGCGAGCUGAGCUCAGUGAGUGGACAGGCUCGCUAUUCCAUACCGGAGGAGCAGGCAGAAGGCUCUUUUGUUGGAAACAUUGCCAGAGAUUUGGGCUUGGAUGUGGCCAGACUAGUAGCAGGUAAAGCUCGUAUUAUCACCAAGGAAGAUCGGCAGUAUGUUGAUUUAAAGCGAGACAAAGGCACACUUGUUAUUAAAGAGCGCAUCGACCGAGAAGAGCUUUGUGGAAAGACGACGCCCUGCAGCUUCACUUUUGACAUCAUUUUAGAAAAUCCAAUCCAGCUUUAUCGUGUAACAGUGGAAGUUAUAGAUAUUAAUGAUAAUAGCCCUUCUUUCCCGCAACAUGACAUUAAUUUAAAAAUUACAGAAAAUGCUGCAGUGGGCACCCGAUUCUCUCUUGCUAAUGCAGUUGACACUGAUGUUGGUAUUAAUGAUAUUCAGAAAUACGCACUAAAACCUUCAGAUAAUUUUAAAUUAGAAAUACAAAGCCAGCCGGACGGAAUGAAGGUCAUAGAAAUGGUUUUACAGAAGCCUUUAGACAGAGAGGAAGAGGAGACUCACACUCUCAUGUUGAUUGCUUCAGAUGGAGGUGAGCCACAUAGAUCAGGGACGGUGAGAAUUCAAAUCACUGUGCUGGAUGCCAACGAUAACACACCUGUGUGCAGCCAGCCUGAUUAUAAGGUAGAAGUACGAGAAAAUUCACCUGAAGGAACGUUGAUUACUACUGUUAGUGCAAAUGACGCUGAUGCAGGCCUCAAUGGUGACGUCACGUAUUCGACUCCGCAUGUGACGGUGGAGGCAAAACAACUUUUUCAUGUAAAUGUCAGAACGGGAGAUAUCAAAGUUACAGGCAAAAUCGAUUUUGAAAAAUCUAAGAGCUAUCAAUUAAAUGUCCAAGCUAGUGAUCAUGAAGGCUAUGCAGACACAUGUAAAGUUAUUGUUAACAUAAUUGAUGAGAAUGACAAUGUCCCUACAAUUAAAUUAAUGUCAUUUUCUCAGUCCAUACCUGAGGAUUCUCCCCCAGGUACAACUGUAGCUGUUUUUAACGUGAAUGAUGAAGACUCUGAUAGCAACGGUGUUGUCAAGUGCUCCAUUAAUUCUGACGUCCCUUUCAAAAUUGAGUCUUCAUUAUCAGGUUAUUACACCAUUGUGACCGACAACUUCUUAGACAGAGAAAGUGUUUCUGAAUAUAAUGUUACCAUAACAGUGUCUGACCAAGGCUCUCCUCCUCUGUCUAGUAGUAAAACCAUCAACGUUAAAAUAUCUGACGUGAAUGACAGCCCGCCCAAAUUCCAUCAGUCAGAAUACAGUAAGAAUGUACCAGAGAACAACUCUCCUGGUUUUUCUGUGUUUACUGUCAGUGCUAGUGAUGCAGACUGGGGCCAGAACGCUCGAGUGUCUUACUUCCUGGAGGAGAAAGAAGUUAAUGGAGUAGCUGUGUCUUCUUUUGUCUCAGUCAACUCAGAGAACGGUGUCAUCCACGCAGUCCGAUCUUUUGAUUACGAACAAAUUAGGUCGUUUGACUUCAACGUUACUGCCCGUGAUACAGGAUCACCUCCUCUGAGUUCUGUAGCCACAGUUCACAUCCUGAUCCAGGACCAGAACGACAACGCCCCCCAGGUCCUGUACCCGGUCCAGACGGGCGGCUCGGUGCUGGCUGAAAUGGUGCCUCGUUCAGCAGAUGUGGGCUAUCUGGUGACUAAAGUGGUGGCUGUUGAUGUGGACUCUGGACAGAACGCCUGGCUCUCCUAUAAAGUGCACAAAGCCACAGACAGGGCGCUGUUUGAAGUGGGCCUACACAAUGGAGAAAUAAGAACUGUCCGCCAAGUCACUGAUAAAGAUGCUGUCAAACAAAGACUGAGUGUUCUAGUGGAGGACAACGGGCAGCCCUCUCGUUCAGCUACAGUCAUUGUUAACGUGGCGGUGGCGGACAGCUUCCCUGAAGUGCUGUCAGAGUUCACUGACUUUAGCAUGCACGACAAGGAGUACAAUGACAAGCUGACUUUUUACUUAGUCUUGGCUUUGGCUGUAGUCUCCUUCCUCUUCAUCACCUGCUUGCUGCUCAUCAUAUCAGUCAAAGUGUACAGGUGGAGACAGUCUCGCGUCCUGUACCACUCCAACCUCCCUGUCAUUCCAUAUUAUCCACCACGUUACUCAGACACUUUGGGGACAGGGACUCUCCAACACGUGUACAAUUACGAGGUGUGCAGGACCACCGACUCCAGGAAAGGUGACAUGAAGAAUAUGCAAGCCAUGAGUCAAAGUUUAGUGAGUGUGGAUGGAGCUGAUGCUGAUACACCACAUGUGACCAAGCACAUAGCUUCACUGCUGGAAGACGACGGUCUGCUCGCCAUUUGA